CUCAGCAUUAGGAAAAACAGUACUUGUUCUGCAUACCUGUGUGGAUUUGAGACAACAGUAAGGAUGCAACCAUGCUGUGAAUCUGUAAAUGGCUCUUGCAUAAGGAGCAGCUGGUCAAACAGUACCCGUGUUUCCAUGUAUAUCUUCAUGGUUUGCAUUAUUCUAGCCACAGUGGUUGGAAAUUUGACGGUUAUCAUCUCAAUAUCACAUUUCAAGCAGCUCCAUACGCCUACUAAUUUCCUGAUACUUUCAAUGGCUACAGUAGACUUCCUGCUGGGAUUCUUCAUCAUGCCUUGCAGUAUGGUCCGCUCCGUUGAGAACUGCUGGUAUUUUGGGGAGCUCUUCUGCAAGAUCCACACGAGCAUGGACAUUAUGCUGAGCACAGCUUCUAUUUUCCACCUUUCCUUCAUAUCCAUUGACCGUUACUAUGCUGUGUGUGAUCCUUUAAGAUACAAAUCCAAGAUAAAUACUUUUGUUAUUGUGGUCAUGGUGUUCAUAAGUUGGACAGUCCCUGCUGCUUUUGCUUUUGGGAUGAUCUUUCUAGACCUGAACUUGAGAGGGGCAGAAAAGAUUUAUAAUCAUAUCCAUUGUGCAGGAGGAUGCCUUCUCAUUUUUAGUGAAACUUCAGGUAUUGUGGCCUCUGCAGUAUCUUUUUACAUCCCCGGAUUUGUUAUGCUGUACAUCUAUAGGAAAAUAUAUUCUGUAGCCAAGAAGCAGGCAAGAUCCAUUGAUGCAAUUAGCAAAAAAAAGGUGCAAUUUGAAAUGAAGAAUCACAUUUCAUUCUGCAAAGAAGGGAAAGCUGCUAAGACAUUAGGCAUAAUAAUGGGAGUGUUUCUCAUCUGCUGGACUCCAUUCUUCUUCUUUACAGCUACCAAUCCAUUUAUGAAUUAUGUGAUACCUCAUAUUCUCAUCGAUGCUCUGGUUUGGUUUGGUUAUUUAAAUUCUACAUUUAACCCAAUUGUUUAUGCAUUUUUUUACAUGUGGUUUCGCAGGGCAUUAAAAAUUAUUCUGUUUGGAAAAAUUUUUCAACAGGACUCUUCCAGGUCUCAUUUGUUUUUAGAUUAA